UUCGCAGAUAUAUACCGGAUAUAUUCAACGGUCGCAUCAUUUUCAAGCGACAAAAGCACGGUGUCUUACUCGCAACCGGUUCACUUGUCGAUAGCCGUUCGUCGGCGUUGUUCCCCCGCUCGAACUAUCGUAUUGUAUGUAUUUCUCUUGAGGCAGAGAAGGAGAGUGUUUUUCUCGCCGAGACGCGAGAGCUAGAUCACAGUAUUACAGUAUUAAGAGACGAACUGGCUCGAUCGCGCGUUCGCCAAUUUCCGGAAAUCGGUUACGUAUAGUGCAAGCCAAUGGAGAAGUUACGCGCGUUCGUCUUCCGUGAGAAGUGCGCGAAGAAACGAAGCGACAGCAAUCGUGACACCGGUUUGUUGAUCGAUAAUGUGGCCUACGCGAAAACGAAGAGGAGUCGCAUGUCAGGAGGCAACUCACAAUUCUCUCGCAUCCAGACUAAGAGUUGGCGCGGAAAAUCUCAAGGACUGCAGUGUAAAAUUUAUUCCAGAAUCUUGAUUUCACCGUUGACUACGAAGACUUCACACAAGAAUCUCGCAGAUAUGUCUCGAAUUCCCCUUAUGGAACCUGAGAGUGGCUUGCAAGUCACAGAGGGUCAAAAUAUCGUAAUGCUUGAGGCUGGAUUACCCGGCGAUUCGUGGACAUAUUCCGUCGAGAGGGAACGAUUGGCCAGAAGAUCAGAAUGGUGUCGGGCAAUGCUUACUGGUUCGCUCGCUCCUCCAUCGACACAUUCGCCGCCGUUGUUACGAUUGCAACAUGUUGACAAGCGAGCAUUUGAUUAUUUUCUCAAAUAUCUUCACGACGAGCCCGUCAAUUUUAUAUCAGUAAUAACGGCCAGGGUCACGCUCAAUGCAGCUCAUGAGUACCUUUGUCCUGGACUCGCGCGACUCGCCAUAGUGUAUCUUGAGAAGCAUCUCACACCAUCGACCGUGCUCGAAAUUUAUCAGGGUCUUGGACUUUACGCGAAUGAGCUACGGGAAGGUGAUUCCGAUUUUGACAGAUCGUCAAAUUUGCUAUCGACACCAUUACCGCCCGGAGACGAGGGCAGUAUAAUAGCUGCUAUGUGCACUGAUCUUCUGCUCAAGUGCUUGACUGUAAUCGAUUCGAAUCCGAUAAAGGUGCUGCAACAGGAAUACUUUGAAGAGCUCACUGCCCAGGAAGUCUCCCAGUUAGCACAUCGUGACACUCUGAAUAUCACUAGCGAGUCUAUCCUCUUCAAUGCCUUAGAUAGAUGGGCCGCAGCCGAGUGUAGAAGACGAGGCACCGAACCUUUGCCAGUCAACAAGAGAGCUGUGCUCUCGGAUGACGUCUGCUUCAGCGUACGGUAUCUUCUUAUGAAUGAUCGAGAAUUCGUCAGCGGUCCUAUGGCGAGUGGUAUCUUGACUAACGAGGAAUGCGUUCAUAUCGUUUCUAAAAUACUCAGACAUCCCGAGGAUCCGAAAAAUGAGAACGUUCGGAGCAGCGCAGCGGUCCAUCCAACUAGGUUGUCCAAUGCGCCUAGGAUCGCAUAUAAACAUGAGAAUCAGGACUGCAACAUGUUAAGGCCGGGUAAAAAGGAACGACAAGACAAUCGAAAAAAUAGAAGAAGAGAGUGUGCUAGUCAAGGACAUAGAGCAUGCGCUAGAAUAGGAAAUUGUCUCGUACGAAUUCUAGCUUGCGUAUUUGAUUAAACACUGCACCAUAGAAUCAUAAUCGCAGAACUUCCAAAUUUUCUCGAAAAAGAUAUUCAGUUGUCUUUCUGCGUCAUUUUGUUUUUCGGUUAUAAAUUCCGAGAAAUUCUGAGAAUUCAAGAUAUGAAAUAAUGCGUAUUAAAAAGCCUGAAGAAUAUCUAAUGAAUAACGUCUAAGAAAUAACGAUACACACGCGUUUAUCUACAUGGUGAUCAAGUCAAAUCUCCAAAAGAUAUUCAGUAUAACUGCAUAAUUAAAUAGAACUUAUAAAUUGUAGAUACUUAUUGCUCCUUAAUAUUUUUAUGAAUGCGAAAAGACACAAAUAAUUUCUAUCAUUGUCGGAAUAUUAAACGUAUCAUGCGGUCACGUCAGCUAAUUGAAAUCUAUAUACAUAGGUAAUAUUUUUGAAGAUAAUAGAGAGACUGAAAAACUGAAACGAACGUUUUUUUAACAUUUUUAGAGGAUAUUUACAUCUCCGACGAAUUUUUAUCGGUGAGACAUUAUUUCAAAGUAACGAAGAAAUCGCGCAUGAAAAUUGAGAAUAUGUUUUAUGCCACUUACUUCCAUUAUUAUUAUAAACAUUUUGUUGUUUUGUUAUAUAUAUUUGGGGAGAUAUUUUAUCUUCUUGUUUGCAAUUUUGCGCAAGAUCUGUUGCUAUUACAACAGUAGGCUUUCGCUACAGUCGUUAAACGAAGUAAAGACUUUCGCUAUUACGAGAUUAUGCAUUUUUCAAUGUAUUUUACAUAUUUUACAAAGAAACGAAACUUCAAAAUUUUUAUUUGAUCGUCGGAGAAAAAAACUUUACUUAUACGCAUAUGAAUUAUUAAUGGUCCAACUAUAACGUACCUUCUUCAUAAGCGCCUUUCCUAAACAUUUUUUAUAAUUAAAAUGUUCGAGAGUAUUGUCUAUGUUAUUCUAAAUACGAGACCUAUUGAGUGUUAUUAUGACGUCUUCGUUGUGUUCAUAUUUGCUGUUCAGAGUAUAUUACAAUCUUUAAAUUAAUUAUUUGUAUUUUGCGUAGUACGUAGAGCUGCGGCUGAAAAUCCGAGGAUUGAUGCGUUCAAGGAUAUAUAAUAUUAUUUUAUAAGUCGGAUUUAGAGUUAUUUAUCUAUCUGAUACCUCUCUAAUUGAUUUUUGAAAAUUUUAUCUUUUUUAUUUAUCUAGAGUCUCUUUUUUAGAGUAUCUUAAUAUCUGUUCGUUUUGCAAUGAAUAUAAAAGUCAUCAUAAGUUGGAUACUUUAGAGAAAAAGUUUUUGAAAUUAACUUAUAUGUGCGGUAAAAAUAUGACGUUAUUGAAAAAACAAAAAUCAUUUUAUAUUGAUGAUCAAUUGGUAAAUUUUUAUUUUAACUUCGUAUAAGACAUCGUUCAUAAUAACGUUGCUAUAUACAAUUAUUUUGUUAAUCGGAUUAUUGACGUAUAUAUAACAAACUUAUAACAGUGUGCUUCGAUAGAGUUACAGACUGAUCAUGCGGCCAUACUUAUAUUUAAAAUCUCUGUGAUUGAUGAGAGAACAGAAUCGAUUGAAAUGAAAGAAUUCAAGCGGUUUUUGACAAGUCUCUCCCCUCCCCAUUAUUUACUUACGAUAUUAUUUUCUACUUUUAUUGUAAGUCUAAUUCAAGUGCGAUUAUAUAAGUAGAUAAUGUAAGUUCAACUUUGUAGCAAACAAUAGUAUUACGAUAAAUCAUGAA